AUGCAACGACCAAGUUGCAUCCUCAGCUUUCAAAAGGGCUUGCCAACUGAGCACGAGCUAUACCGGGAGCUAGCCAUAACUCCAAGUCAAACCUUGGCAGAAGUGUUCGCGACAGCAAAACGCUACGCACUUUGGGACGAUGAUCGUAUCGCCGCAAAGAAAGCUAGCAAGCAAGUUGACCACCCGACGAAGCAGGCAAGCCAAAAGAGCAACAAGUUCGAGCAAAAAGCCCGAGAUAAGCGCAGAUCGCGGCCCCAAGAGGAAAGCUCAGAAACAGGGACCUUCACUGAAUUCGCUAUCCCAAUCAACCAGAUCCUAGCUCAGGUGAAGGACAAGCCGUGGAAAAGGCACCUUGAGGAGCUGGUCAGAGAAGACCAUUGCACAGAGUUCGUUGCAAAGAAGGCCAUCCAGCAGAUCGAGGAUCGUGAUGCAGCUGCCAAGGAACCUCCCCAAAAGGUCAUUCGAAUCAACACCAUUCUAGCUAACUCCCAAGAGUCCGGGCUGACCACCAAGGAGCGCAAGAGAAAGAUCGCUCAGAAGAAGGACUUGAUCGAGCUUGACCUGCCACAUAAUGACGCCCUAGUCAUCUGCAUCCAAAUUGAACAAGCUGUGAUCGAGCGAGUUCAUGUAGAUGAGGGCAGUGCAGCCAACAUCCUGCAACAAUCUGUUAUCCAACAGAUGGGGUUCGAGCCCAAGAUAAGCAAACUUGCCAGAUCGCUCACCAGCUUCAAUGGGGCCACAUCAAUCACUGUUGGAACGAUCGACCUGGAUGUCCACUCACCCCCAGUGGUCUGUUUGCAAAUCUUCAUGGUCAUCGACGAGGUUUCCCCCUACAACGGAAUCUUGGGCCGACCGUGGACCAGCAAGAUCGAAGCCAUCACAUAUGCUCUACAUCAGAAGAUCCGUUAUCCCAUCCCUGGGGGCGGGAUCAGGCAGAUCAACAGUGACCAAGCCAUGGCAAGGAGAUGCACAGCCCAAGGGCUCAAGAAGAGCAAGCAGCUGCAGUUCACACCAGUAAUGCAAGCUGCCAACGAGGCAGGAAGAGCUCAUAGCAAACAAGUAAACCCGAAAGGGAAGGAAGUUGCUGCCUCACAAUAG